AUGGAGCCUCCGAUCCGCCUCUUUGCACUCAUUAUCGGCGUCGACAAAUACGAGUCCGGCGCUGUUUGGAAUCUGGAGUCUUGUGCUGACGAUGCCCAUCGUAUGCGCCAAUGGCUUCGCAACGAUCUCAAAGUACCCAAAGAUCACAUCUGCAUGCUCCUCGACAAACAUGCGACCAAGGACAAUAUCGAGAAGGCUUUCCUUCGCCAUCUCGUCAACAAUGUGGCGAUUCAACACGGUGACGCCAUCAUCAUCUAUUUUGCUGGCCACGGAAGCACUGUUGCCGCUCCCGAAGGCUGGUUCUACCCUGGCUCGCGCGGCGGGACUGCAGAAGUUCUGUGUUCGUAUGACUUUGGUCAGCGAAAUGUUGUCGGGCUGUCCGAUAGGUCCUUGCAGUCGAUGAUUGAAGAGCUAUCCAAGGUCAAGGGCGACAACAUUGCGGUUAUCUUGGACUCGUGCUUUGCGCCUGUCCAGUCACCAACGAAUGUCCGCGCUCGAAGCCAGACACGGUGGACCCCAUCUGGCAAACUGACCGCCAAAGAUCUUGUUACGGGACUCUGGGAGGGUGCACAAAAGAAACCCUACCCUCGUGGCGUAGGUUUCUACAACGCGAAAAGUGCCGCAUACACGCUUCUUUCUGCGUGUAGCAAAGGCGAGAAGGCGAUGGAGAGCAAGGACGGCGGGAAAUUCACCUCUGCUUUCCUUGAAACGGUCCGGGAGACCCCGCUCCAUAGCGCAUCGUAUUCCAGCCUACUGCAGCACAUCCUGGCCAAAAUCAAGGAAUACCAGCGGCCGUUCUUCUCUGGCGCGACCAAGCGGCCCCUCUUCAACGCGGUACCCUUCCGCCCUGACGAAAAGUACUUUCAGAUAGACGCUGUCCACGACCCGAAAAUGCUGCGCAUCGAGCUUGGGUCCAUCCAUGGGGUCGUCGCUGGCACCAAGUUCUCUGUCCACGCCCACAACUACUCCGCCUGCAACCCCGCGAUUGCUCAUGUCUCUGUCACUGACGUUCACCCAACGUGGUCAUUCGGCUAUACGACGCGGUCCGUGCCGUCGGGCUCGUGGGCACAGAUACGCCGCUGGAAUAACCAGGGCUUAUUCCGCUCGCGGUCCAAACGGUCGCUUUACACGCUUUUACGGCCUCCAAGAGAGAUGUUCUCGAUUUUCUUCCGGGCCAAGGCAUGA